UCCAACUUUAAACCCAUGCUAGCCAAUGGGCCUGUCGAGCACAACUAGCGCAGACUACUUAGGAACUACUUUAGUAAGAUCCCACAGACAUUCUGUGUUUUUAGCCAGUGACGAUACAGAGCAAGUUAAAAUAGUUCUUCCAUGAAAACCGACUCGAAGUUCUCGUCGAGGAAGUCUCCGUUUAGAUCUCGUGUCUUGAAGGCCUUUCCCUUCACUUCACUCGCGGUGGGACUGACUGGUUUCGAAUGACGCCAUCCCUUUAUUUUUACCCCGAUGACCUCAUCUUCGAGAUGAAGUUUGGUGACCAGUGAAACUUUUUAAAAGUUCAUUUUUUUAUGUUACUUCUUUCUUUUUUAUCUUUACCACUUUUCGAGAAGGCCCCUGGGAGCAGGCGCUGAGGACGUUGUUUCCGAAAUGUUCUCCAGUUUGUCUUUUUCCGUGGCGCCAGAUAACUGCUUGAGCAUGAAGACGAGGAGUGAGGAGAAGGAUGAUGUAAUGGCGCUGCGGCCCAGGAGAAAAGCCCUCUUUUGUCGCGCCACUGCAAUGGUGUGAAAGAAAGGCCCCCACUCUCCCCUCCCCAGCAAACCCCCAAAACACAGUCCAGCCGCCUCUCACUGCCUGCCUGCUGGAAGUGGGCCGAAGUAGACGCACUGUUUGGCAUAGACACCCGAUUACGGCAUACGUACUCUCUUAAGCUUACAAACACAUAUAAGCAGGACAGUGCCCCCAUACACUUCAUUACUUCAUACCCCAUUACCACCUACAUACACACACUCACAUAGUGUGCAGUGCCUACCCGCCGGUUUGUUUUCUACUCUUUCAAGGCUUCUUUGCUUCUUUUUUUCCCUUUUCCUUUCUAUCCCUCUCUUUUUUCCCCACUCUCUUUUUCACUUUUUUUUGUUGGGCUGGGCACUGAGCCCGCCAGCCGAACGCCACGAGGGUGACAUCAUCGCCUGCCGCCACAAUGGGGUCGUUCUUCUCCUGAGGGCCCUCGCUGGCUGGCUGCGUCACCGCUCCGGACCUCCAGCCCCACGGGACUACCAGGAGGAGGAGGAGGGAGGAGGAAGAGAGGAGGAAACGGGGAGAGAUAGAGGGAGACAGAGGUGGUGGAUAUGGCAGAGCCUGCUGGGGCAGCAGCCCUGGCCUCAGUCAGAGUCAUCGGGCCAGAAGGUCUGGUGGCCCUGCUGGAGGGCGGAUUGGACCGUGUGCUCCUAAUUGACAGCCGGCCCUUUGUGGACUACAACGCCUCCCACAUUCUGGAGGCGGUCAACGUGAACUGCUCCAAGCUGAUGAAGAGGAGGCUACAACAGGACAAGGUGCAGAUCACUGAGCUUCUGCAGCAUUCAGCCAAGAAGAAGUUGGAACUGCAAGGUCAGGAAGUGGUGGUGUAUGAUCAGAGUUCGUCUGACCCCUCCUCUCUGUCAUCAGAGGCCUUUCUCAGCGUCCUAUUGGCUAAACUACAGAGGAAUUUUCCAUCCGUCCACCUGCUCUCAGGUGGAUUUGUAGAGUUCUCAAAUCUGUUUCCGGGCCUUUGUGAGGGCAAGUCCAUGCUGGUGCCGUCCUGUAUCUCACAGCCCUGCCUCCCCAUCAACAGCAGUGGCCCCACUCGUAUUCUGCCCCACCUCUACCUGGGCUGCCAGAGGGAUGUACUUAACAGGGAUCUGAUGCAGCAGAAUGACAUCGCAUACGUGCUCAAUGCCAGUAACACCUGUCCCAAGCCUGACUUCAUUCCUGAGUCCCACUUUCUGCGUGUACCGGUCAAUGACAGCUUCUGUGAAAAGAUCCUACCUUGGCUGGACAAAUCGGUGGAAUUCAUAGAGAAGGCAAAGGCUUGUAAUGCCAGGGUUCUAGUCCACUGCCUGGCAGGAAUUUCCCGAUCAGCCACUAUUGCCAUUGCCUACAUCAUGAAGAGGAUGGAUAUGUCCUUAGAUGAGGCAUAUAGGUUUGUGAAGGAGAAGAGGCCCACCAUUUCACCCAAUUUCAACUUCCUGGGCCAGCUGCUGGACUUCGAGAAGAAGAUCAAGAGCCCCGGAGAAGCAGAGACCCAUCGCAAGCAGGUAGAGCCGGCGGAGGACCUUAGCCAAGAAGGAGACAGUAGUGGCCCAGAUUCGUCCAGCAGUGCAAGGACCGAGACCUCGUCUGUGGUGGCCCCGCUAGAGCCUCUGACCCUUCCCUGUGUGCUGGCUGGGGUUCCUGAGGAGCAGCUCCUAGCUCAGGCUCUUUGCAGCUUGCAGCUAGGCGAGGGUCUGGAGGACAGUGCCCGCCUGAAGCGCUCUUUCUCCCUGGACAUUAAGUCAUACGGUGAGUCAAGCGCAGGAACCACCCUCCGGGAGGGUGGUGGAUAUACUUCAGACUACUACAAACCAUCCUCCUUUAAAGACCCAGCAGCCAAACCCUGUCAGUUCUCCCCAGUACAGGAGGUUUCGGAGCAGUCAACUCCAGAGCAGAGUCCGGACAAGGAGCAGGUAGAUGGUCCAACAAACAGCAAGCCCUGCAAUGCCAAUCCACCCAUCAAGCCCCAGGCCACAGCCUCAAAACCCCCUCCUCCACCUGUAGCCCGUCCACAACCCCUGCACAGAAGUGGCAGCAUGGAGGAAACCCCGAGUGCGGCUAGUUUCCUGCUGGGCCUGUCUCGCUCACAGCAGCACCUGACCAAAGGUGGGCCAGGAGCUCUCAAGGGCUGGCACUCGGAUAUCCUCCUUGGUUCCAUGGCCGUCUCCUCGUCCUCACUGAGCGGAGGGGGCUGGUACCUCUCCUCCGAGUCAGCACGCUUCUACUCCACCUCAGCCAUCUUCAGCAGCAGCAAUGGAGGUGGAGGAGCCCAGAGCAACUUUGCGGCAGCAUUCAGCUGUAGCCAGGGGCUGGAGGCAGUGAGGAGACGUGGGCGGCAGCGAAGCGGUGACUGCGGGGACUCACGCCGCAGCUGGCACGAGGAGAGCAGCUUCGAGAAGCAGCUGAAGCGGCGCAGCUGCCAGAUGGAGUUUGGUGACGGCAUGACGGAGAGCCGCUCCAGGGAGGAGCUGGUCAAAGUAGGCAGCCAGUCAAGCUUCUCUGGGAGCAUGGAGAUCAUUGAGGUGUCCUGAAAGCAAGACUUCAACAUGCCACUUAAACUAAAGCUUGAGCAAAAAAUUUAGUUUGCACAGUAUUCCAUUUACCCCAAAUGUAAUUGAACAAAAACAUGUUUGAUGUCCAAAAUUUGCUUGUUUAGUUUGGCACAAACUUGUUAUAGCCACCAUUUAGCUUUGUACAAACUGCAUACGUAAAUCAUCUUACUCUUGCCUCAAACUGCAUCGAUUAAGUAAUGUCAAAUAGACUUGCAUAUGUGGUUUCCGAAAACGUGAACCGGUUAUCUAUAAAAACGCCCAGAGGUUUCAAGACGCCUGCUUUAGAUGCCUGUUUGUAGUGAUGCAACAUACUUUUGAUUAUGUUAAUAGAUACUUGCAUUUCAUACAGAGUCUGAAACCAUGCUGCUACAACGCUAAUUGAAGAGGUAUAAGGUUCCAAUAACCUCGUACCACUAGUGCAAAAACUAAGGAAGCAAAGUUUGUCUUGGCAGAUCAACUACAUUUGGGGUUAACUGUGUGAAUUAGAUUUUUUUCCACAAGCCAUCACUUUGAACUCCACAGAUUCACUACAGAUCACUUCUCAUAAGAGGGAAGACGUCCGUGUGUUAUCUGGCCAAAAUCUUUGUAGGUGGCUGGUUUGGACUAUAAACAGCUAGUAGCGGUGCUUUGUAGACUCUUCUCUAUUACUGACCAAGAAUAUUUUUGUAAUAGCUGAAUUUUACAGGUAAGAACUUUCACCGAAUGCAGCUUCAUAUCACUGAAUGUCAAAAAAAGCGGACACACAGACACUUUCAGUUGAUACAUAAAUAUAUGUUUUUUUUUUCGUUUUUAAUUUAGUUUCGUUUUAACUGAGCCUAUUUUUGUCUGUGGAUCAGUACCGAUUAUUUACCAUUUUCAAUCUAUAUUGUGAUUCAUCCAAUAUGUUGUUUGACUCCAGUACUGAAACUUGAGCCCGGAAUUGAAGCAUGAAUGAAGUUGAACUGGAUUGAAGAUUUUUUUUUUUUUUGCCGCAUGCUUCAACAUGCCACCAAGGGUGUCUAAGUAGCAUUCAUCCAGUACCUCACAAAUCCAAAUUAAGGGCUUUUCUCUUUUUUCUUAGCAGCUUUUUUUUCUUUUUUCUUUUAUUCUUAAGUGUAGCUUAUUGACAUUUAAAAUCUCAGGACGAUUAAAAUCUUUUAUUUUGAGCAGCAGGAAAAGACAUUUUGAAGAGGUCCCCACCAAUGAAAGUUAUUCUGAAUUACUCUGAUAAAGGCAAAGAGAUAAAAAUGCCUGUAAAGAGAGGCAAAGCCUGCCACAUUGAAGCACAAUGACUGAAGAGACUGAAACUGCAUGCUAUCUGGAUGAAAAAUUUGAACUGCUCCAAAGUCAGUUGUUAGAAGUAGAACAGAAGCUGGAAAAAGACAGGAAAAGGUGUUUUGGCUCGUUCCACAAGCGGCCAGUUGGUUUAGCAAGUGUUGAGGAAGAGGAAGAGAGGAGGAGGCUGAAACUCGUUCCAAACUCAUUCAAACACACGUGCAACUUGAUCUCGACUGGAACCCGAUCAUUGAGAGUCGCCAUCGACCUCCUGUUGAGUCUGGAGAAACCUUUAGGAGCUGUGUUUAGACUCCACUCUACAUAGUAAUAUAUUUUGCACUACUUUGGUCGGUUGUAAAUGAUCAACAACAGUCAUUUGCAGUUAGCUUUCGGGUUGGCAAUUCAUGGCAAUUUUGUCUUGUUGGAUCAUAGUGCUGCGUGAUUCUGCCACAGCGCAGAAGGCCGUAUGUGCUGGGGACAGUGGUGAUUGUUUUAAUUGUGCUGAUUGUGGAUGUGUAUGUGUGAUUGUGUGUUGGGCCUGUAACAGGGAAUACAUAAAAUACAGAAAGAUCAUAAAGACCAAGCAACACAAUAUUCACUGAGUAAUGAUUCCAAACCAUUGUACUGGAGACAAAUGUUUCAAUACACUACUGUUUAAAAGUUUGGUUCAACAGUACUGUUCAACAGUAUAAAUAGCAUAAAACUAAUCUAGAGUAGGAUAAACAUGCAGCUACAUAGCUUUCAAAUAAUUAGUAGGAAGCUGUAAAAAAAAGUGUCCACAGUGAUCUUUAUAUCAGGGGUUCGCAACUGUUUUAAGCAGGUGAAUAUUAAAAUGAUUUUUUUGUUAAUUAGAUGCUUUUGAAGCCAGGUUUGUAUGUUUAUUUAUUUUGUGUGUUUACUUUCAUUUCAUGAAGGUUGCGUUCAUACUAAACAUACUAUAAAUGAGUACGCAGUCUUACUCACAUAGAAUAAUUUAGCUUGCUGAAUAGUGACAAAGUUUUCUCACUUUUUGUACUUGUGGCCACAACAAAAUGCUAAAUUUAGAUUUUUUUUAAAUCAUAUAUUUAAAAAUGUUAAUUAAAUUAAGUCUUUCAAACCCCUUGCAAUGUCACCAUAAAUCCCUAAGGGUUCCCUGCUUGGGGAACCUUGCUAUAGAAGAUUCUUUAAGACUGAAAAUGAAGUUAUAAUAAAAUUAACACACAGAGUGCCUCAUAUCUGAAAAGUGAUCAAAUUUCAGGGCUGAUAAAUUGACAGAAAAUGUCUGUACAUACAUAAUUACAGUAUAUUAUUUAUAGCUUAGAAUAAUUAAAAAUCCUUGAACUAUUUAAUGAAACAUCUAAAACUACCUGGUGUCUGGUUCAUAAGAUUUACAGCUCUAUUGUAUUGAAAGUGAUUGGUGUAUAUAAAGUAACACAAAUUAUUAAUAUAACAAGCGAUUCCAAACUUUUAAACAGUAGUGAGUCCCUGUUCUAGACCAGGGGACCCCAUGCUCUAUACAAUUUUGUGUUUUGUCCACUUUAACUCAAGUGACUCAGCUCAUGAAGGGCUUCCGAAUUGAGCUCCUGAGUUGAAUCACAUGUUUCAAUGGAGAAAACACAAAAAAUACAGCUAAAUAUGAUCCUGAUCCUAAAUGUGAUCCCUUCUGCUGUAUGCAGGAUGUACUGUGCACAAGAACAUUGCCCUUUGAAGCCAAUUUAACGUUUAAAAAAAUCAGUGGCUGCAAUAAAAUUAGGUCAAAAUAUAUUUUAAUACAUUAAAAGCACGCGUGAUGUGUCCACAAGACCGAUUACUGAGAGGAAAGUCUCCAGUCUAGAUUCUAGAUGAUCAGAUAACAUACUGCAUGUUAGCCAGCCAGGGUGGUACACUUGUUACUGUAGCGUGUCCACAACAUUUGAUUAGUAUGGAUUAAGAGCAUAACAUUGUGCCCACAUGUUCUCUAAAAUAUCUGGUGUCUCAUUUUGUGUUUGGCAUGGGGUUCAGAGUCAUGUUAUUUGGAAAUUAUUGGGCAUUUGCUCAUACAUCAGGCAGUGUUCAAAAUUUCAAGAGGUAACAUUAGAGCACAUUUUUUGUCCAUCAACUGCAAAGUCAUUAGAAAUUGACUGAAUUCAAAUUGAUUAUUGAUCACACAUAAAAUCUUUUGCAUUACCCAGUCACUUUUACAUUGAAUGAUGCAUUAUAUGUGAACGGGAAGUGCUGAGGUUCAGUCAGUAUUGUAGACUUAAUUCCACUGCAUGUCAGUGUGUUCUAGCUUGGAUUCUUUUGAUCUUUUUCAUUGGUGCUUCUUUUGAGAAUGAACAAAUGACCCAGUACAGUGUUCAUGGCAGGCUCUUUGGGUAUUACAAUGUAUGGAUUGUCUUAGAACUUGCAAAGCCCAUCAUUUUAAAGGCAGGGACUGACCACACAAUAGAGGAGCGUACAUAUGAAAUUACACAACAGCGCAACUCCCUCAGUUUAUUUAGGUUAUGAUGCUGCAUUGGCUCUGUUGGACUAGAAACAUAUCUUUAUGCAGAGGAAAGACGUGUUGAAAAAACAUUUCGACCUUUGCUGCAACGGAUUCUGACGCAGUGAUAUGUUAACCAACGGAAAAAUGGAUGGGUGGGUCUGAUUUUCUCACUUAAGUUUGUACAUGCCUCUACGAAUACCACGCUCUACCACUCCGUCCUUGUGCUGUAGGCACCUUAUUCUCACCUGCAUGCGGAUCAACUUUGCUGCCCGACUCUCAGAGGAGGCACCUAACACAGGGAGAGCUGACUCUUCUUGGACCAGGAAAGAGACGCUUAGGCACACCAAUGCUUCACAGUUUCACCAAAACCACCUCAUCCACUCGCUACCGAGCCAGAACCUUCCAGUGCAGAAUGUUGAGGCUGGGUGGAGCAUCUUUUUGUUUUCGUUGUUGUUGUUGUUGCUUUAAUUUCUCCAGGUGCUUUUUUUUCUUUACACAGAGCAAAAGUGUGACCAGUGAAACGAGCAGCUUGUUGGUUUUGAAGGUUUACCUAAAGCUGUGAAAACAAAUGUGGCCUAAGAGUUCUAUAAAUGAGUGAAGGUUUUUUUUUUUUAGUUUUUCUUUAAUCAUGAAUCAUCUUAAAAUUUAAUGCUGUGAUGCUUCAUCACAAAAUCUGCAAUAUUAAGAAUCAGCAGCACAAGUUUUUCAUAGACUGGCUCUCCAACCAUUUAGUCUCAAAUCACAUGGAGUGUUUGACCAUCUAGCACUCCUUCGAAAAUACAUUAAUUUAUGACGUAAAGCCAGUGAAAUGCAAAAUUCCUAGUGGAUCCAAAUUGCAUUUUUUCCCCCCUAACUGAAUGAUCAUGUGAUCUUGCAUACAUAGAGGAGGGGCGUGGAUUCUUUAAUGGGCAGUAUGUCAUUAGCUUUUUCAGAUGGUACCAGUGUGUGAAGUGUGUGAAGGCCUGUGGAGAUGCUUGAGAACAUAGUGUGCUUUUCCUUCCGUUGUGUUCAGUUUUACAUGUCAAUGAAGUUCUAUGAUGUUGAUGAUUUAGUUGUAUGUCCGACUGUUGAAUAAAACCUGAAACGGUACUCAACACA